AAGACUAAUUUGAAAGCUAAUAAUAAUUGGCUUGGUACAUUCCUUGGUCUUCAGUAGGUAGCAUUUUAUUUCUAGAAAAAAUAUAAUAAGGUUGCAUGAUGUUGUAGAAAGGUUGGGUUUCCUUCUACUCUAAAUAAAGAUUUAAUUAACUAUAUCUUUGUCCCAGUUUAUUGCCAUGAACAUUUUCAGUUAGCCGGAGGAGAGAAUCCACAAGGAACAUGCAAGGGAUCAACUGACAGCUGUUCUGUUGAAGGAUGCUGUAUCUUGGUUCACAGGGAUAUCAGCUUUAAUCACCUGUAAUAAUAGAGCACAAGGACAGCUGAGGAGAGUGUUGUGGCUGGCAAGAAGAACAAUUGGGUCCAAACCCUUUCCCUUCUGAACCUUCUGCUGGACUGGCAAGAACCUGGUAUUAUGGAAGAAGGCAGCAACAUCAUUGCACUAAUCUCAAAUCUGAGGGAACAGGAAGCUGUCCUGAUUUCUGAAGCCAUCGUAAGCCCAACCUCGGAAAGCGCCGAUGACCAGCUGAAGUGUAAACCUGACCCUCUCAUCCAGGUCAUUCAGAAGCUCAGCAAGAUUGUUGAAAGUGAAAAGUCGCAGAAAUGUGUUUUAAUAGGGAAAAAACGCUUGCAUCCUGACAUGUCUGUGCCCUCAUUUGACACUAACCUUCCAGAGGCCCCAUCUAAAACCCUGGAAUUGCCUGCUCUAGGCACAAUAAAUAUAGAAGACUAUUACGCGAUGGACGAUCCUCCGCCGAGUAAAAGGAAGGUCAUUUGCUACGAGUGUAGUCUCUGCAAGUACCUGUCGCCCACUCUUCCGCUCUUAAAGGAGCACAUCAAGCAACAUGGUCAGAACGAGGUCAUACUUAUAUGUUCGGUAUGCAAUUUCACCACCCGAAGCCUAGAAGAUUUUGAAAGUCACAUUAGAUGUCACCCAGAGAACGGCAACAAAAUGCACGCCCUGUUGAAGGAGCAGCACUGUAUCACCCUUUCAGGUGCCACUUUGCCUGGGCCAGUAGAAAAUGUUGUCAGAAUUGGCACUGAUCAAGAGGCACAGCCUCCCCAAGGGACUGAGAAGGGGAGGCGAAAAUGGUAUACUUACGAGCAAUACGGCAUGUACCGGUGCUUGAUUUGUAGCUACACUUGCGGGCAGCAAAGAAUGUUGAAAACGCAUGCGUGGAAGCACGCAGGUGAAGUUAAUUGCUCUUAUCCCAUAUUUGAGGAAGAAAAAGAGCAAGCAACAUUGUCAGAUUCUGCCACGUUGGAUACUGUCCUCCUCUCCCUAGAAAAUAAUGAACAGGGACUCUGCAGCAACCAGGCUGUUCAACUUCGCAUUUGUAGCCCCAAUUCAAUGGCUUUCAAAACUUCACCAGCAGAAGAACCUGUAAAAGAAGAGUCAGUCCUAAAUCAGCCAGCUGCAGUGUCACCUGCUGGCAAAUUACUAGAGGAGACAACAUCCAAUGACGCUCCUGAGCCAGAUAAUUUGGUGGCUGGUAGCUUGCUUUCAUCGGCCCAGAAAAUCAUUAACUGCAGCCCAAACAAAAAGGGCCACGUUAAUGUCAUUGUGGAGCGUCUGCCCAGUGCUGGAGAGCCUGUCUUGCAGAAUGAAGUAACGAGUAAUGUCUUGCAUUACUCAGUGGACACCACCCCUGAGCCACCUCUGGCUGGACGUGACGUGUCGGGUGACAUUUAUCACAUGGAUAAGAAUUCUGUUGAAAUCGAAGAAGUUAUAAUUGGGUGGAGCAGCACGGAAAAGACGGAAGAUAACUUGAAUCCUGGCCGAGCUAAAGCAGCCGACGAAAAUGCCCCACCCACCAGGAGGAGAACCAAUUCGGAGUCUUUGAGGCUGCACUCACUGGCUGCCGAGGCCCUUGUCACUAUGCCAAUCAGAGCCACGGAACUCACCCGAUCCAGCCUCCGAGCCUUUGCCGAUGUAAACCCUUUAAGUUCGGAGGCUGGGCAGAGGCCUCCCGACAGUGGCUACAUCGGCCAUUCUAAACGGAUCGCCUCCCUGAAGACGGAAGAAUUGACAAGCCUGAACGAAGGCGACUGUGCUUUUGUGGAAAUGCAGAAGGAUAAACCGGAGAUCCCCGAAGGCCCCAUUAAAAUGGGCAUCAGCAUGUCAUUGCUCACUGUAAUUGAGAAAUUGAAAGAGAGGACAGACCAAAACGCCUCUGAUGAGGACAUUUUGAAAGAGCUGCAAGAUAAUAUACAGAGCCAACCCCUGGGGGAGGCCAGCGUGUUGGGGAGCAACCUGGUAGAAUACAUCCCCAACGCGGAUCGGCCCUUCCGUUGUCGCUUAUGCCACUACAGCAGUGGCAACAAGGGGUACAUCAAGCAGCAUCUGCGGGUCCAUCGGCAGAGGCAGCCUUAUCAGUGUCCAAUUUGUGAGCACGUAGCCAACCACAGUAAGGAUUUGGAAAGUCAUAUGAUCAACCACUGCAAAACCCGAAUGUACCAGUGUAAACAAUGUGAGGAAUCCUUUCAUUACAAGAGUCAGCUGCGCAGUCAUGAAAGAGAGCAGCACUGUCUCCCAGAUGCAUAUUCAUCCCCAGCGUUUGACAGUUUAAUGGCUUGCAGUGAAGCAGAUGAAAGAGUUGGGGAUAAGAUUUCGGUCCAGAAACUUUACCGAUGCGAUAUUUGCGAUUACACAAGCACAACAUACGUUGGCGUGAGGAAUCAUAGACGGAUUCACAACUCAGAUAAGCCAUACAGAUGUCGCGUGUGUGACUUUGCCACGACAAAUAUGAAUAGCUUGAAGUGCCAUAUGAGACGCCAUCCGCAGGAGCAUCAGGCAGUGCAGUUAAUGGAGCAGUUCAAAUGUUCCCUCUGUGGAUAUGUGUGCAGUCAUCCUCCUUCACUAAAGUCUCAUAUGUGGAAACACGCGAGUGAUGAAAACUAUAAUUAUGAACAAGUGAAUAAAGCUAUUAAUGAUGCGAUUUCGCAAAGCAGCAGGCUUCUGGGUCAGCUUACUGGGAAGAAAGUAACCGAAACUUUGGAAGAUGAUGCAGCUCCUUUAACCAGUAGCUCAGAGGGCUUGUCUUUUUCAAACUCUUCUAAGCCAGGGGCUAACAAAACAACUAGUUCUGAUAGCCAUCAGGAUCAAGGUCCUACCACCCAUACCUCAUGCAGUUCAGAGAAAGCUGCAGGCCUGUCCCACCUGGUCUCAGAAUACUGCGUUCUGCUCUUCUGCUGCUGUAUCUGUGGAUUUGAGUCCACCAGCAAAGAGAAUUUGUUGGACCAUAUGAAGGAACAUGAAGGGGAAAUCAUCAACAUAAUUCUAAACAAGGACCAUGCAGCCGCUCAGAGCAUAAACUAGACAACGCUCCCUUUUCUCUGGAUCUCCAACUUUGCCUGAAAGACUUGCUAAAUAAAAGAUCUAGGAGCAA